GGCUGCAUCGACAGCUUGCAACACUCGGCAUCUUUUCUGGAGGCGCCUCCUUCACCGGCUGCAGAUGGCAUCCGGCUGCGGGCUUGGGGCUCGCAAUUGAUUCUCGCCCUUGCCCACCUCGGAUCCACGGACGCACCUCUCCCUUCUCCUCCUCCCCUCGCGCUCCUGGGUCUAAGCCCAGCUCGCGAUCGCCGGGCGGAGGAAGCAGUCGCGGCGGCCGAGGCUGAGCAGCAGCAGCAGCGCGCUAGCUCCCUGACCUGCGGAGAAGCGCCCACCCGCGAGAGCCGACCUCCGGCUGCCUCCAGCGCCCCCCACCUUUUGCACCCCAAAUCGAGGGCUCCAGGGACCCCCCUUCCCAGACGCCACCAUGCUGGACCCUUCGUCCAGCGAAGAGGAAUCGGAUGAGAUCGUGGAGGAGGAGAGCGGCAAGGAGGUGCUUGGCUCGGCCGCGUCCGGAGCGCGCCUGUCUCCCAGCCGCACCAGUGAAGGCUCGGCCGGCAGCGCCGGGAUGGGGGGCGGCGGCGGCUCUGGGGCCGGGGUGGGCGCAGGCGGCGGCGGGAGCGGCGGCUCGAGCAGCGGCGGCGGGGCCGGGGGACUGCAGCCCAGCAGCCGAGUCGGCGGCGGCCGGCCCUCCAGCCCCAGCCCGUCGGUGGUGAGCGAGAAGGAGAAGGAAGAGUUAGAGCGGCUGCAGAAGGAGGAGGAGGAGAGGAAGAAGAGGCUGCAGCUCUAUGUGUUCGUGAUGCGCUGUAUCGCCUACCCCUUCAACGCCAAGCAGCCCACCGACAUGGCUCGGCGGCAGCAGAAGAUCAGCAAACAGCAGCUGCAGACCGUCAAGGACCGCUUCCAGGCCUUCCUCAAUGGGGAGACGCAGAUCGUGGCGGACGAAGCCUUCAUGAACGCAGUGCAGAGUUACUACGAGGUGUUCCUGAAGAGCGACCGUGUGGCCCGCAUGGUGCAGAGUGGAGGCUGCUCGGCCAACGACUCCCGGGAGGUCUUCAAGAAGCACAUCGAGAAGAGGGUGCGCAGCCUGCCCGAGAUCGACGGCCUCAGCAAGGAGACCGUGCUGAGCUCCUGGAUGGCCAAGUUUGAUGCCAUCUACCGUGGGGAAGAGGACCCCAGGAAACAGCAGGCCCGGAUGACAGCCAGCGCGGCCUCCGAGCUGAUUCUGAGCAAGGAGCAACUCUACGAGAUGUUCCAGAACAUUCUUGGGAUCAAGAAGUUCGAACAUCAGCUCCUGUACAAUGCCUGUCAGCUGGACAAUCCGGAUGAACAGGCGGCCCAGAUCCGAAGAGAGUUGGAUGGACGUCUCCAGAUGGCAGACCAAAUAGCCAGGGAACGCAAAUUUCCCAAGUUUGUUUCCAAAGAAAUGGAGAACAUGUACAUCGAGGAGCUGAAGUCCUCCGUCAACCUGCUCAUGGCCAACCUGGAGAGCAUGCCCGUGUCCAAAGGCGGGGAGUUCAAGCUUCAGAAACUCAAACGGAGCCACAACGCCUCCAUCAUCGACAUGGGCGAGGAAAGCGAGAACCAACUGUCCAAGUCCGAUGUCGUGCUAUCUUUCUCCUUGGAGGUGGUGAUCAUGGAAGUCCAAGGCCUUAAGUCCUUGGCUCCGAACCGCAUCGUGUACUGCACCAUGGAGGUGGAAGGAGGGGAGAAGCUGCAGACGGACCAGGCYGAGGCUUCUAAACCAACCUGGGGCACCCAGGGUGACUUCUCCACGACCCACGCACUGCCCGCGGUGAAGGUGAAGCUGUUCACAGAGAGCACAGGUGUCCUGGCCUUGGAGGACAAGGAGCUCGGGCGGGUCAUCCUCCAUCCCACCCCAAACAGCCCCAAACAGUCUGAGUGGCACAAAAUGACAGUCUCCAAAAACUGCCCCGAUCAAGACCUCAAAAUCAAACUUGCCGUCCGGAUGGAUAAGCCCCAAAACAUGAAGCACUCUGGGUAUUUAUGGGCCAUCGGUAAGAAUGUCUGGAAGAGAUGGAAGAAAAGGUUUUUUGUGUUGGUGCAGGUCAGUCAGUACACAUUUGCCAUGUGCAGUUAUCGUGAGAAGAAAGCUGAGCCUCAGGAACUUCUACAACUGGAUGGCUACACUGUGGACUACACUGACCCCCAGCCAGGUUUGGAAGGUGGCCGAGCCUUCUUCAAUGCAGUCAAAGAAGGGGACACGGUGAUAUUUGCAAGCGAUGACGAGCAGGAUCGCAUCCUGUGGGUCCAGGCUAUGUACCGGGCCACUGGACAGUCCCACAAACCGGUACCCCCGACCCAAGUUCAGAAGCUCAAUGCCAAGGGUGGGAACGUGCCUCAGCUGGACGCCCCCAUCUCUCAAUUCUACGCAGAUAGAGCCCAAAAGCAUGGCAUGGAUGAAUUUAUCUCUUCCAACCCCUGUAACUUUGACCACGCUUCCCUCUUUGAGAUGGUACAGCGCCUUACUUUGGAUCACAGACUUAAUGAUUCCUAUUCUUGCCUGGGCUGGUUCAGUCCUGGCCAGGUGUUUGUAUUAGACGAAUAUUGCGCCCGAAAUGGAGUUCGAGGGUGUCACCGACAUCUCUGCUACCUCAGAGACUUGCUUGAACGGGCAGAAAAUGGCGCCAUGAUCGACCCCACCCUUCUUCACUACAGCUUUGCCUUCUGUGCAUCGCACGUCCACGGGAACAGGCCUGAUGGAAUCGGAACUGUGACUGUUGAAGAAAAGGAACGCUUUGAAGAAAUCAAAGAGAGACUCCGAGUUUUGCUGGAAAAUCAGAUUACGCACUUUAGGUAUUGCUUUCCAUUUGGUCGGCCCGAAGGUGCUUUAAAAGCUACUCUCUCGCUCUUGGAAAGGGUUUUGAUGAAAGAUAUUGUUACCCCAGUGCCACAAGAGGAGGUAAAAACGGUCAUCCGUAAAUGUCUAGAGCAGGCCGCUCUAGUCAACUACUCGCGCCUCUCUGAAUAUGCCAAAAUUGAAGAGAAUCAAAAGGAYGCAGAAAAUGUAGGCCGGUUAAUCACUCCUGCCAAAAAGCUCGAAGAUACAAUACGUCUCGCUGAACUAGUCAUUGAAGUCCUUCAACAAAAUGAGGAACACCACGCAGAGCCACAUGUUGAUAAAGGAGAAGCCUUCGCGUGGUGGUCGGACUUAAUGGUGGAGCACGCAGAGACGUUCCUGUCCCUCUUUGCGGUGGACAUGGAUGCAGCAUUAGAAGUGCAACCCCCAGAUACAUGGGACAGUUUUCCGCUGUUUCAGCUACUGAACGAUUUUCUCCGAACCGACUAUAAUUUGUGCAAUGGAAAAUUCCACAAACACCUGCAAGACCUGUUUGCCCCACUUGUUGUUAGAUAUGUGGAUUUGAUGGAGUCCUCAAUUGCACAAUCCAUUCACAGGGGCUUUGAGCGGGAGUCAUGGGAACCAGUCAAGAGUUUAACCAGUAACCUACCCAAUGUGAACCUACCCAAUGUGAACCUUCCCAAAGUACCAAAUCUACCAGUUAACAUCCCUCUAGGCAUCCCUCAAAUGCCUACUUUUUCGGCACCGUCAUGGAUGGCUGCUAUAUAUGAUGCUGAUAAUGGAUCAGGCACCUCGGAAGAUCUAUUCUGGAAACUUGAUGCCCUUCAGACCUUCAUCCGGGACCUGCACUGGCCCGAGGAAGAAUUUGGAAAGCAUCUGGAACAGCGGCUGAAACUGAUGGCAAGUGACAUGAUUGAGUCCUGUGUCAAAAGAACCAGGAUUGCAUUUGAAGUUAAGCUGCAAAAAACCAGUCGAUCAACAGAUUUUCGAGUCCCACAGUCAAUAUGCACCAUGUUUAAUGUUAUGGUUGAUGCCAAAGCUCAAUCAACAAAACUUUGCAGUAUGGAAAUGGGCCAAGAGCAUCAAUACCAUUCAAAAAUAGACGAACUAAUCGAAGAAACGGUUAAAGAAAUGAUAACACUCUUGGUGGCAAAGUUCGUUACUAUCUUGGAAGGAGUCCUGGCAAAAUUAUCCAGAUAUGACGAAGGGACCUUGUUUUCUUCUUUUCUGUCAUUUACCGUGAAGGCAGCUUCCAAAUAUGUGGACGUACCUAAACCUGGAAUGGAUGUGGCCGACGCCUACGUGACUUUCGUCCGCCACUCUCAGGAUGUCCUGCGUGAUAAGGUCAAUGAGGAGAUGUAUAUAGAAAGGUUAUUUGAUCAAUGGUACAACAGCUCUAUGAACGUCAUCUGCACCUGGUUGACAGACCGGAUGGACCUACAGCUUCACAUAUAUCAGUUGAAAACACUAAUUAGGAUGGUAAAGAAAACCUAUAGAGAUUUCCGAUUGCAAGGGGUCCUGGAUUCCACCUUGAACAGCAAGACCUACGAGACCAUCCGGAACCGGCUCACUGUAGAAGAAGCCACGGCCUCAGUGAGCGAGGGUGGGGGCCUGCAGGGGAUCAGUAUGAAAGACAGCGACGAGGAAGAUGAAGAAGAUGAUUAGACCAUUUGGUCCUUCGAGUCCACUGGGACUGUCCUGUAAUCAAUGCAUGUCCUUAGUCUGUUAGUUAACUCCAUUAGGGAAUUUUCUGUCAACUACCAUGCCCAUGAGAUGUUUACCAAUACAAUUGCCAUUUUAGCUAUGUGGUACCAAGAUUAGCAAAUGACCUUCCAAUCCAUUGGUUUCCUUAUUUCCAUGUCUAUAUGUUUACAAGCAAUAUGGCGCACCAUUCUUUAAAUACUGUUCAUGGAGAAUACAUAGUCCAACUGCUAGACGGGUCUCUGUUACCAGCCAAGUGAAAUGAUGCUUCAUUCACAAACUGUGUAGAUAUUGAAGAUAAAUGGAUGUGAAGGCGAGGAUGCCGGAGACUUUUUUCUUUGAUUCAUGUUUGUGGAUGCUGGUUAUUUAAAUGAGUACAUAAAUAAUUUAAGCACAUAGAUCUGCUUUUUUUUUUUWAAAUACCAAAGGCCAGGCCCCAAUAGCCAACUUUUGGUUCUUUCUGUUCCCCUAAAACUAAAAAAAAAAUAUAUUUAAAAAAAUGGAAUCCUAGCAUCCUUGUUGGCCUAUCCUUUCAUCUAUAUUCUAUCAAUAUAGUUAGCCAUAAAAGGCUACAUACUGGCAGAUUAAUUCUCUUAAUUGCCACGGCAAGGGGGCAAUCCCAUCAUGACUUAGCAUGGAGCACAGUUCAGAGUAACUGUCUUCUGUCAUAAAGUUUAUCAUCCUAAAUGUUAACAUUUUGCUUUUAUGUUUCAAUAACUGUGUAUGUAAAAAAAAAAAACAAAACACCCCACCUGAAUAUUUAAAUGACAACCCUAGACUAUAAAUGUGUUUAUAAUAAGAUGUGGAUAUUUCCCUCUGUAGACUGUAAUCAUAAUUUAAAUUAUUUUGUUCCACACUGUUUUUUAUAUCUGUCAUGUACAUUGCGUUUUGAUCUGUAACUGCACGACCCUGAGGUCAGCUGCAGAGCGCUCUCUUCCUGUGUAAAGUAGUGGAUCCAUCUUGCUUUUGCCUUAUAUAAAGCCUACAGUUAUGAAAGUGUGGGAAACUGUGGCUUCUCAAUAAAUAACCAUUCAAAUGUCCUGAGAAUAU